AUGCCGUUGAACUGUAUUUUGGAGGUGGAAUUAUUUGACGAUUGGGGAAUCGAUUUCAUGGGGCCAUUCCCACAGUCCUUUGGGAACUUAUACAUUCUGGUGGCUGUUGACUAUGUGUCAAAAUGGGUAGAGGCAGUGGCUAGCCCCACAAAUGAUGCUAAGGUAGUGAUGAAGUUUCUGCAUAAGCAUGUGUUUACAAGGUUUGAGACUCCAAGGGCUUUGAUCAGUGAUGAGGGAACCCACUUUGUAAACAAAAUAUUGGCUGCCUUGCUAGCCAAAUAUAGCGUCAAACACAAGAUAGCCAUAGCCUAUCACCCCCAGACCAACGGGCAGGCAGAAAUUUCGAAUCGAGAGAUAAAAGGGAUCCUAGAAAAGGUGGUGAACCCAAGCUGCAAGGACUGGUCACAGCGGCUAGAUGAUGCGCUUUGGGCGUACAGGACAGCUUUUAAGACUCCUCUAGGCAUGUCACCUUAUCGCUUAGUCUUCAGGAAGGCGUGUCAUCUUCCUGUGGAGUUAGAACAUAAGGCGUUUUGGGCAUUGAAGAGCUUGAACUUGGACCUCUUAGCUGCUGGUGAAGCCAGAAAACUGCAGUUGAACGAGCUAGAAGAGCUGCAGUUGUUUGCCUACGAAAACGCCAAGCUGUAUAAAGAGAAAACAAAGAGGUGGCAUGAUCAAAGAAUUAAGGAGCGGGUAUUUGAGAAGAACCAGAAGGUCUUGUUGUUUAAUUCCAGGUUGAAACUGUUUCCUGGCAAGCUAAAAUUCUGUUGGUCGGGUCCAUUCACUGUGGUCGAAGUAUAUCCCUUCGGAACUGUCACAGUUAGAGAAGAACAGUCCGGAAGGGAAUUCAAGGUCAACGGGCAGCGGUUGAAGCACUAUUGGGGUGGAGAGGUCGACCGAGAGAAGACCUCUAUCAGCCUAAAGGACGCUUGA